AUGGCUGCUCAACCUGAUUUUCUCUGGAUCAAGAACGACAUGAGCCCCGAUGGUCGCGUCUUCCGUGUGAGUCGACAGGCGGCCCAGCACUCGACCAUCCUCCGGGCGCUCAUCGAGGACUUUGAAGGGAUCGAUCUCUGGAAAAAAGAACAAUGCAUCCCCAUUAAGAUCCAUGUCAGCGACCAAUGCCUGUCCGACGUACUUCAGUGGGCGGAGAACACAAAGACCGCGCCAGAGAAGGGAGAGAACGCCGACAACAACAAGCAGGUCGAAUUGGCUGCGGAGGACAUGCAUUUCUUCCGCGAGGCGAUCACGACGUCGGAGAAGCUCUACGAGCUCCUCAUGCUCACCGACUACCUCGGCAUCGUGCCGCUGUACAACAUGGCCUGCCAGGUCGUCGUCAACAUGAUCAUGGGCAAGUCGGCGGAGCAGAUCCGCCGCAUGCUCGGGAUCAGCAAGGAUUUCACCCCGGAGCAGGAGGAGGCCAUCCGUGCGGAGACGGCGUGGGCUUACGACGAGGAGCAGCCCCCGCUCGACCGUUGA